CCAUCUCCCUCUUUCAACUAACCCACUGAACCAAAAUCAAAAAUGUUUACAACAAAACCGAUCCUUGUAGCUUCCCUUCUCCUCAUCAUCUUCGUCUCUGCAACUCACUCAGCUCGUCAGAAGAGCGGUAACAAUGGUUUAGGAUUCGCCGGUGUGCCCGGAUCCGGAUAUGCCGGGAUACCCGGGUUUGGAAACGGGUUUCCCGGUACCGGAGUCGGCGGUGGAUACGGCGGAGGCUACGGUGGUCCGAGCGGCGGGUACGGGAAAGGAGGUGUAGUGAGGCCGACGGUGACUUGCAAAGAGAAAGGACCUUGUAACGGCAAGAAGCUGAGGUGUCCUGCAAGGUGUUUCAGCUCUUUUAGCCGCUCCGGGAAAGGAUACGGCGGUGGAGGUGGAGGUGGUGGAUGCACCAUGGAUUGUAAGAAGAAGUGUGUCGCUUAUUGCUAAAUAAAAAUAAUUAAAGUCCUAUCUUUAUAAUAUAUAGUCAUUACAAUGAUUAUAUAUUUGCUAUGUUAUUGUAGUUGAUGAUCAUGAAGUUUCUUUUGUCUUGAUUUGAUUUUAGUAGUUUUUUAUAUGCAUUAUAUAUGGUUGUGAACUUUUGUCAUUGAAUAAAUGAGAAAACCUUACAGUUUUUCUCAAUUUGUGUGUUUGUUGUAUGUGAGAUUAUGAGUUUUUUUUUUGUAAUGUAAUCUUUAUUAUCAUAUGAUUUUGAUUGGAUG